AAUACCAUACUGCGUUAAACCUAGGUAGUGUUAUAUGCAUAAUAUCGUGUCAUCCUGUACAUAAGUAAUAGAGGUCAGUGACUAGCUGAAAGCAGCUAAUAUCUUUCUUUAAAGUGUGUUCAGUGCUAGUAGUGCAUUAAUACUGUAACUUCAACAUGAGUAUAAUUAAAAUAUCAACUGCAUUGCAUUUAGGUAAGCAAAAUAUGAAAAUGCCAGGAUUGUUUGUACGGUCAAUGUCAAUAACUGCAGAACCAAAGCAGCAGAGUGAUAUAAAACCAAAAACUGGUAUACUAAUGUUAAAUAUGGGUGGUCCAAUUAACACUGAUAAAGUACCAGAAUAUUUGUUACGUAUAAUGACUGACCGAGACAUGAUACAGUUGCCAGUUCAGAGUCAGUUAGGACCAUGGAUUGCUAAACGACGUACACCUGAUGUGCAGAAAAAGUAUGCAGAAAUUGGUGGUGGUUCUCCUAUUUUAAAGUGGACAAAUAUACAAGGAGAAUUACUAUGCAAACAAUUGGAUAAGGUUUCUCCUGAUACUGCGCCACAUAAACAUUAUGUUGCAUUUCGAUACACUGAUCCUCUUACCGAGGAUACCUUACAACAAAUUGAAGAGGAUGGUGUUGAACACACUAUAAUUUUUUCCCAGUAUCCUCAAUAUAGUUGUGCCACAACGGGUUCAAGUUUUAAUGCCAUAUACAAAUAUUACAGACAAAAGCAAUUGCCAAAAAAUAUGAAAUGGAGCAUUAUUGAUCGAUGGGCAACUCAUCCACUUUUAGUUAAAACAUUUGCAGAAAGAAUUAGAGCAGAAUUGGUUCAAUUCCCCAGUGACAUUAGGAAUGAUGUUCUCAUAUUGUUCUCAGCACAUUCUCUACCAUUGAAGGCUGUGAACAGGGGUGAUGCAUAUCCAUCUGAAGUUGGUGCCACUGUUGCACUAGUGAUGCAAGAAUUGAAUCACUGUAAUCCACACAGUUUAGUGUGGCAAUCAAAGGUUGGACCUUUACCUUGGUUGGCACCAUUUACUGAUGACGCAAUAAAGGGAUACGUAAAGCAAGGAAAAAAGAACUUUAUUUUAGUACCAAUAGCCUUUGUCAAUGAACACAUCGAGACACUUCAUGAACUGGACAUCGAGUAUUGCCAUGAGUUGGCUCAAGAAGUGGGAGUGGAGAGAAUAAGACGUGCUGCUGCACCAAAUGAUCAUGCUUUAUUUAUUGAUGCUAUGACGGAUAUCGUUACCACGCAUAUGAGAUCAGAUCAGCCGAUAAAACCCAAAUUUUUAACACGGUGUCCACAUUGUGUGAAUGAAAAUUGUGCACGAAGCAAAGACUGGUAUGCCCAGAUUUGUAAAGUAUAAAUAAAGUAAAAAACUAGAAUGUUACACAAAGAAUGUCAUAACACAAAGGAUAUUUUUAUUCAAUUUCUAUGCAAAUAGGUUACAUAUAAUAUCAUAUGAAAUAAAGUACGAUUAAAAUAAAUCAUGGUAAUUU